GCUGCAUCUAGUCGUUGGAUGAACCUUUUUAGGAAAGCAGGCGAAACGAUGAUCGAAACUGAAAACCGUAAGGGCUAUCAGAACGAACACCACAAAUUGGAUUACGUGUUCACUACCUGGAUCUCUAGGUUACUGUUGACGCCACCCGGCGUCUGGCCUUUGCACGGUGGCAACUCGACCCUGGGCGACAUCGUAUCGGCUGUCCAAGUCGGAGUGCUCUUUGUUUUGAUGUGUUACUUACUAAUACCCCACGUGAUCUAUACUUUUCACGACUCCGAAGACCUGGCCCGGUACAUGAAAGUGAUCGCCGCACAGGUGUUCACUCUCCUGGGGAUCAUCAAGUUCUGCGUGAUGAUCUUCAAGAAGAAAAAGUUCAGAGUCUGCCUGACGGAGAUGAAACUGCAGUACACGAACGUUGAGUCCGAAGAAGAUCGACUGGUCAUGAAGAGCUCCGCCAAAGUCGCCAGAUUCUUCACUACCAUUUACGUGUGUCUCGGUUUCGGCGGCUCUUUCCCCUAUGACAUAGUCAUGCCAUUCUUGUCGGAGAAGGUCGUCAAGGCGGACAAUACCACGCAGAUCCCGUUACCUUACCCGAGCAACUAUGUCUUUUUUGUGAUCGAGGAUCCGCCUAUGUACGAGAUCACCUUCGCUGCGCAGAUAAUCGUCAGUAGCAUGAUACUGUUCAUCAAUUGUGGGACCAACAGUCUGAUUGCCAGUAUGACAUUGCACAGCUGUGGCUUAUUUAAGGUCGUCAAUAGACAAUUGACGUCGCUCUUCGAUCGAGAUCGAGAUGAAAUGGGAGAUUGUUUGAGGGAUGUUGUUCGGCAUCAUUUGAAAGCAAUUCAAUUUGCAGAACAGAUCGAGAUUAAUUUGAACACAGUGUUUUUUACGGAACUGGUCGGCAGUACUCUUAUCAUAUGUUUCCUCGAAUAUGGAGUUAUUAUGGAAUGGGAAGAUAAGAAUAUGAUGAGUAUGCUGAUAUAUUUCCUUCUGAUGUCAUGGAUGUUCCUAAAUGUGUACAUAUUAUCGUAUAUCGGCGACUGUCUCAAACAGGAGAGCGUGAAAGUGAAACUAAUGGCGUACUACAUGCCAUGGUACAACUAUUCCGAAGAAGUAAAGCAGAAUUUAAGAAUGAUCAUGCAUCGUCCCAUUCAUCCGACAUGCUUCACCGCUGCGAAGUUUUUCGAUCUUUCUCUUCAGGGAUUCUGCGACGUUGUUAAAACCUCCGCAGCGUAUUUGAACUUCUUACGAACGAUGACAGGAUGA